AUGUCUGACGGACGAGCUCGUGCAUGCUUCUCGCUCCUUCGGAACCUUUUUCUGGCUCUCAUUCUCUACACAUCCAUUUACACCACUAUCCACCUAGCACAAGAUCCUUCAGCGAGACAAAAAGCACGGCAGAAAGUCGCUCUCCUAACAGAUGCUGGCACUGUGAAACAGACAAAGUCAGGAAAUGUCAAGGUCAAAGUCGCUGGAGCAUCCCGCACUGUAACCAUCAAUCCCCACGCCAAUGUCUUCAAUCGUCCAUCGAGCGCCGUCGUUCCCCGUGACGACUUCUUUGGUCCCAGACCUCAUGUCGAUACCGAAGCUGAUAUCGAGAUGCUCGUGAGAGAGUGCAGAGGUUCAUACGCAGGCGUUGAAAAGAUGCGGGAUGUUUUCAGCUGCUUGGAAUUCUUGUCAGGGGCUGAGGACAAAUACUACUCCUUGCCUGAACAGGUGGAUCGUGCAAGUGAACAAGACCCUAGGAAGGCAGAAUAUUUGAACGCAGAUGGUCAUGGAAACACACUAAAGCAGUACGUUUCGGUCAAGGAUGCAAAAGCUCCUUCGAAGACGAAUCUCGGAACUUGCGCUGGUCCCAUCAUACCUUACCACGUCUACUGGGCCGGCCCCGCGACAUGGCGUCUCGAAGUGUUUGUCAAAGCCUACCUCUAUACCCAAAAUUUACCCUGCAGUCGACUCUGGCUCUGGGCAGAUACUGAUAGGGCUCCCGAUGCGGUCGACAGGAUGUUGAAACACGACGCUCUGUUUGCUCGCUUCUUGCCGCUGGUCGAGAGAGGCGACAUCAGAGUGUUACCCUGGAAGUUCCCUACCAGAAUGCCUCUGCCGAAGGAAUUCGAUAACACAGACGGAGUUGGCUAUUACAAGACCAAAGGCAAGCCCAAUGCAAAGGGCGAAGUUGCAAUUGCAGAAGGUCUCAUUGAGGACACCAAUGGCCAACAAUGGAUCACUCUUACACCAAAGCAAAUGACCUUCUUCCCUCAGGCAAUUUCCGACACUGUACGCUUUAUUAUCUUGCAUCAACAUGGUGGUGUAUAUCUGGAUAUGGAUGCUCUGAUGCUUCGCGACAUGCGCCCUUUGCUCGUACCUAAAAAGCACGACUUUGCUGAACGAUGGGGAGCCCACAACAACCCAGGCGAUUACAACACUGCCAUCAUGUCAUUGUCUGCCAAUACUUCACUUUCCAGCUAUCUCCUACGAGGGGGUGUACGCAUGGGUCUCAACUUCCAUCCUCGUGUCAUUGGUCGUAUGAUUUGGAAGGAAGGCCGCGACCUUGAGUUCCCUAUGCUGGAGACCGCUGCUUUUGACCCCAUUUGGACCGAGUUCAACUGGGAUCGUCAAGGCCGUUGCACAGUGCCUUGUCUACGUGACUACAGCGCUGUCUUCAAGGGCAAAGCCAACAGUCUCAAGGAUGAGUGGGAGAGCUACGAUGGCCCUCAGCUAGAGCGCUUGAACCUCAACUCCACAUCCGUACACAAAGAGGGCAUCUUGUCUCAGGUGUCGAAAUCGCUGCACUCUGCAAAGUUUCCUCGAGAUGUGAAACCAGAUGUUGCCUCUUCGCCCGACCAUAUCAACAUCACUCCUAUGCCCGGACCUAUGGACAGUUUCACCAGCAACAAAUCUGAAGUCGCAGCUCUCAGGAAAGCCGGCAUCAUCAAAGACUACAAGCUUGAAGAGGACAAAUACCCACCCAAUAACCGCACACUUGAGAACUUCUUCCGCGGCGCCUGGACAUACCACAUCCAUAACCAAUGGCUGAAGGAGCCAGAACCAAGUUCAUGGUUGGAUGUUUUGCAAUCUGCUCAUGAUGGAUUCUUCUCUGGCGAGAGAGUCAAUCCGUAUGGAGAAAGAUGGACAGGCCCAGAGGUGUUGGCUUAUAAUGAGUGGAGCGACAUGGUGUGA